CAGUCUCUCUCUCUCUCUCUCUCUCACUCUCUCUCUCUCUCUGUGUUGUUUGCUUUUGCAGUGACAGAUAAAAAUGAAACUCGCUAGAGGGCCAUUGGUAAUAUUCCUUCCUCUGGCCUUGGCUUUUCUGCUGUCUUUUUGUGGUUGCAGAUGCAGCACUGAGUCAAGGACGCAUGCUAAUGGAAACAAGCUAAAGCAGCCUGUAAACCAAGGCGGGAAUACGUGGUGCAUUGUUAAGCCUUCCACAGAUACUGAUAGGCUUCUUUACAACAUAGACUACAGCUGCGCUCAAACUCAUGUGAACUGUAGUUCCAUUCAGCUUGGAGGUAGCUGUUUCCAUCCAAAAAAUUCAGUCUCAUAUGCCUCAUUUUCUAUGAAUCUCUUCUAUAAGUCUGCCGGGAAGCACCCUUGGAACUGCCAUUUCAAUGGAACCGGUCUCAUCGUCACUCAGAACCCAUCUUUUGGCAAUUGUCACUAUCCCGGUUGAUGAGGCAGCUCAGGAUAGGAAGCUAAGAAGGAACAUAUAUUACUUAUGUACUAGCUAGCUAGUUGAAUAAAUCAUCAGAGGUUUUCUUAGUAGUUUCAUUGUUCUGCUAUGUGUUAAAAGUCGAUCCCCACUCGAUCUAUAGCCUAUAGGUGUUGUAACAGAUGAUAGAGACAAGCUCGGUAUUGAAUAAAAAGUUGCUUAUAUAUAAA